AUGGCAGAGAUUAGUAUAUCCACGACAACAUUAUGGCAGAACCGAAAAUGUCUUCUCCUCUGCUCACUAGUCUCAAUGGCCAACCUGCAAUAUGGAUUUGACCUGGCUGCUAUUGGAUCUCUCCAGGCUAUGCCAGGCUUCCUCAAAGUAUUCGGAUACCCAGACCCAGGAUCUGAGGGAGGAUAUGCCAUUGACAGCACGGUUCAACAACUGAUUACGUCUCUCUUAACUCUGGGUUCCUUCGUCUCUUCCCUGGUAGCAGGGUUCUUCUCAGCCUACCUAGGCCGCCGACAUGCCUUGUGGCUCGCUUGCAUCGUCAACGCCAUCGCAUGCGCCAUCCAAAUUGGCGCCCCCUCACCAGGAGUUCUAUACCUUGGGCGAGUACUAUUAGGAUUCGCGAACGGAUUCCUGGUUACAUUCUCCAAUAUUUACACUGCAGAGGCAUCACCAGCCCACCUGCGUGGCGUGAUGGUUGCUCUGUUCGCGUACUGGGUGAAUAUCGGUAGUAUUAUGGGUGCUGCGGUGGAUAACAAGACUAAGGAAAGGAUGGAUCGCCUUUCGUAUCGGAUUCCCUUGGCUUGCCUAUAUAUUGUCCCUACUUUCCUCUUCGUGGCGUUGUUCUUCGUCCCUGAGAGUCCGCGGUGGCUUCUCCAUCGGGGAAAAGUGCAAGCUGCAAGACGAGCGCUUGAGCAACUCCGCGGUACUAGCUACGCUACGAUACGUGCUACAUCCAGCAGCGAUGAAAGCGGGGAUGAGAUGGCCCCGUCUCUUCUGGAACUGGAGUGGGCGGAGAUGGUCAAGGGUGUUGAAGAGGAAAAGCGCGAGCAGGGAAACGUUACAGCGUUAGACAUGUUCCGAGGAAUUGAUCUCCGCCGAACAAUCCUCUGCUACUGCAUGAUCGGCUGCCAAUCCGCGUCCGGCGUGUGGUUCCUAAUCGGCUACCAAACCUACUUCUUCACAGUAUCAGGCAUAACCAAAGCCUUCGAGUUCUCCAUCAUGAACACCUGCUUCGGCUUCCUCGGCGUCAACAUCGGCAUGUACGCAAUCCGGAACUGGCUUGGUCGUCGCGCAAUCCUCAUACUCGGUGCUAUCGCCUGCGGAUUGUGCCAAUUAGGAAGCGCCAUCGCAGCAACGGUGAGUCCGAACUCUCUUCCUACAGGUCAGGCAUUGGUCGCCUUCACGGCUUUGUUCAUGUUCUUCUACAACGGCUGUGUUGGUGCCGCGAGUUACCCCGUUGCAACGGAGCUGGUUAGCUCGAGGUUGCGCGCCUGGACGGUGGGCACGGCCACGUCGUUGGGUUACCUGCUUGCUUGGUUGGUGAACUUUUGUACGCCGUAUUUUAUUAAUCCGGAACAUUUGAAUUGGGGCGCCCGCUACGGGUAUAUCUGGGCUGGGUCCAACCUGGCUUGUGUCAUCUUCUUCUACUUCUUCAUCCCUGAGAUGAAAGGUCGCUCGCUGGAAGAGUUGGACGAAAUCUUUGCCGCUCGGGUCUCGGCUCGCCAGUUCUCGUCCUACCAGUGUCUUAUCGGGGAGGCAGCGAGAAUCGAUGCUGUCAAUGCGGAGGGUCGUAAACAUAACUGGGAGAUGUAG